AUGACUUCAUCUUCAAGAAAAGCCUCGACUCUCCGAAUUUCCAACGCAGCCACAGAUCAUCGCUGGGUUAGCCGCUACGCAAGGCUACCUAAUGGUAUCACUGAGACAAGCAGUAUGCAAAUAAAAGGGCUGCAAGAGAUGAUGUGCGAAUCGCAAUCGGAAUGUACCUCAUGGAUUCGACUUUUCAGAGCCGUAAGUAGACAGAUUGACUUCUUUUUCAAUCUUUCCUUAGAAUGGUCCCAUUUUAAAGUCUUUGGAGUCGAUACCCUUCUACUGUUGCCCUAUCAUAGUUCAUUAUGA